AUGUUCUGUGAUCAGCUCCUCCUUGUUKUUGGCCUGUCCCUCGCUGCUGGGGUGUGUGCAUCCAGAAUGUGCUACUCUGAAGCCCAAGUGUCUGUGUAUCAUUUCUGCAACCUCACGGAUAUUCCACCUGUGCCCAAGGAUACAGGGAAGCUUCUCCUGGCUUUCAACUACAUCGGACGAGUGACCGCGGCUUCGUUCCCGCUGCUGGAGCGCUUGUGGCUGCUGGAAAUCGGAGGUCAGUACRUCCAUCCCGUUACCAUAGGGAAAGGAGCCUUCAGGAACCUGCCAAACCUUCGCAUCUUGGACUUGGGGUCCAACACAGUUCUUCAUCUGGAUCUCGAUGCUUUUGUGGGCUUGUCAAGCCUGACUGUGCUCCGUCUGUAUUACAACCGCCUUGGAAAUGCCAUCCUGGAAGAAGGUUACUUUCAAGAUUUGAGGUCAUUGGAAGAAUUGGAUCUUUCAAAGAAUGCAAUCACAAAACUUCAUCCUCAUCCCCUGUUUUCUAAUCUAACAGCCUUGAAAAGAGUGAACCUGAAACUAAACCAGAUAUCCAACUUUUGUCAAACCAAUCUUACCAGCUUCCAAGGAAAACACUUUUUGUCUUUUGACCUUAGUUCUAAUUCUAUGUACAAGACAGAAGAUGUGGCCUGGGCCAAGUGUCCCAAUCCUUUCAAAAAUAUUACAUUUACCUCACUAGACCUUAGUGGCAAUGGCUGGAGCACAGAGAAAAUCCAGUACCUCUCUACAGCCAUUAAAGGCACUCAAAUCCAUUCUUUAAUACUUGGCCCUCAUACAAUGGGUUCAGGAUUUGGCUUUGAUAAUUUAAAAAACCCAGAUGAUUCUACUUUUACAGGACUAGGGAGAAGUAAUCUUAAUUCCCUUGACAUUUCAAGGGGUUUCAUUUUCUCUGUUAAUGCUUUAGUCUUUCAAAGUCUUGGUAAUCUGCAAUCACUGAACCUUUUCAGAAACAAGAUAAAUCAGAUCCAAAGGCAAGCAUUUUUUGGCCUAGGCAACUUAAAAAUUCUCAAUCUCUCAAGUAAUCUUUUGGGUGAGUUGUCCGAUUAUACUUUCGAGGGUCUACGUAGUGUAAUGUAUAUUGAUUUACAGCAAAAUCAUAUUGGGAUGAUUAUGGAUGAAUCAUUCAGGAAAUUAGUAAAUCUGAAAAUAAUUGAUCUCCGAGACAAUGCCAUUAAAAGGCUCCCUUCCUUUCCACAUCUGACCUAUGCCCUUUUAGGUGACAAUAAACUAAUGUCUGCAGUUGACAACAACAGAGCAAUAACUGCAACACACCUUGAUUUCGAAAGAAAUUGGUUGGCAAACCUAGGUGACCUGUACAUUCUUUUCCAAAUUCCAAACCUGCAGUUUCUCUUCUUAAAACAGAACCGCUUCUCCUAUUGCAAGAAAAGCACAAAUGCUAUAGAAAACAAUCAGUUAAUAUUUAUGGACCUAGGUGAAAAUAUGUUACAGCUGGUGUGGGAGAGUGGUUCAUGUUUGGAUGUCUUUGGGGCACUGUCCAAACUUCAGKUUCUGCAUCUGAAUAACAACUACCUUAGUGAUCUUCCACAGGAGAUUUUUAGAGGUCUGACAUCUCUUAAAGGUCUUAACCUGGCUUCCAACCUGUUGUCUCAUCUUUCUCCUGGGCUUUUUCCACAAAGCCUAACAAACCUAAACUUAUCCGGAAACCAGCUGCUUUCCCCUGAGCCUGAAGUUUUUAUGACUUUGAGUAUUCUGGAUAUAACACACAAUAAUUAUAUCUGUGAUUGCUCUUUGAAGAGCCUGCUGGUGUGGCUGAACAGUACCAACGUGACCCUGGCUGGCUCCCCRUCUGACAGGUACUGUGUGUACCCCCCUGCCUUUGAAGGGGUGCCCCUGUCCUACCUGACAUACGAUGACUGUGACGAAGAUGAACUCCAGCAGACACUCAGAUUCUCGUUAUUCAUCUUCUUCUCUGUCACACUUCUCCUGUUUCUGGUGGCAGGCGUCAUUUUCAGUCGCUGCCGGGGGAUUUGUUUCAUCUGGUAUAAAACCAUCACCAAAAGAGUGAUAGACAGCCAGCCACGAGUAGCAGAUAAAGGUGAAUAUAAAUAUGAUGCCUAUCUGUGCUACAGCAAAAAUGACUUUGAAUGGGUGCAGAAUUCUUUGCUAAAGCGCCUGGAUUCACAGUAUUYUGAUAAGAACAGAUUUACCUUGUGUUUUGAGGAAAGAGAUUUCUUGCCUGGGGAAGAACACAUCAACAAUAUUCGCGACGCCAUUUGGAACAGCAGGAAAACAAUUUGCAUCGUGACCAGGCAGUUUCUCAAAGAUGGGUGGUGCGUGGAAGCCUUCAAUUUCGCCCAGAGCAGGUAUUUCUGUGAUCUGAAAGAUGUCCUCAUCGUGGUGGUGGUUGGGUCCCUUUCUCAGUAUCAGCUGAUGAAACACAAGCCAAUUCGAAACUUCUUACAAAGGAGUCAGUGUUUGUGGUGGCCUGAAGAUUUUCAAGAUGUAGASUGGUUUUUAGAUAACCUUUCUUGCCAAAUUCUGAAGGAAAAAAAAGUGCAAAGGAAAACCAGCGGUAUAGAGCUGCAGACUGUAGCAACUGUGUCACACUGACAGUGUGUGAGUUCCUGGCAAAUAUCCCAUUUCCAGCUGUGCCGUGGCAGGAAUAAACAGAAGUUUGCUUCAUCUUUCCUUGAGAAGACAGGMAGAAUGGUGACUGUUUCAGAAUAAAUCCUACAGAGCACAGAGACAAAGCAAGCAGCAAAURCAUGAAAGUGCAGUUGUUUUAUGAACUAAAACAGGCAUUUUCACAAGGAUUGAAUGAAUCACAGAUGCUUCACAUUUUGGAUGCAUCUUYGGGGACUUUAGUCCUGAUUUUUGGAGUACUUCUUUCUUAAUGAUCUGUUUCAUGAGCUAGAGAAAGGAUGCUCAUGGUUUUUUAUCAAAGUGAGCCCACGGUACUGUCCCGGAGUGACCAAAUGUGCUCUCAGGUGCUGCCAAGCCUGACCAUUGUGGUUCCUGGAMAGCUCACCCCUGUGCUUGCUGCACUGGUAACUUUUCACGCUGUUUCACAGCGCAAUCAUGGUUUUGCACCUUUAUGCUUUAAAUUAGUGUAACACAGAUUUCAUUUGUUUAUUUUCUACUCAAUUAACUUCAGCUCAGCUGGAACAUAAAACUUUGGACUYCAUUCAUGCUCUUCCCAUCCACAACUUCUGGGCUUGGUGGUCAAACUACAGUGGUGGGUCCAGAGCAUUUGCUGCUGUUUCAGCUUUGGUGCUUUUUCAGCUGAGCUUCCUCCUGCCCUGCAGAGACAGGGGAACAGGUGGAUCUGAAGCAAGUCUGAGCUUGGAAAGCAAACAAGAAACUACCUCAGUAGCUGUGUAGACUGGUACCAGGUACCCAGGGCUUUGGCAUUCUGGGAGUGUUACAAGUACGUUACCUGUACUUUGUAAUUGUCCUGAGCAAUUUGGGUUGUCCUCAGCACAUCCUGUGGGCUGAACAAUUCUAAGAUGUUUUUCUGCUUCUGUUGCAGUAUUUUUCUAGAGUCAUUAAUGCCUGAUMCACUCUUACUUCUCUAAUUAUUUUACCACUGUCUGCUCAGGUGUGGUGUCUUCAAGGGGUUGUUCAGGGUAAUUUUAAUAAAAAUCUGAUUCAGUGUUUGCUGUUACAGAACCUGCAC